AUGACUCUAGUUAAAUUUUUAAAGUUUCUGUAUAACAAUCCUAAAAGAACAAAACAUUUAUUAAUGACAUUAUGUAUAUACUUUGAGAAGCUCAGUGAACGUUCAAACAAAACCCCCGAAUCGUUUACUUUACCACAAAAAUCCAAAAUGGGAAAACAAGUUCUGACUGUUUUCUCAGCAUAUGCACCACAGACCGGUGAAUCUGAAGACGUCAAAAAUGACUUCUGGAACACACUCUCAGAUGCCAUCAGGAAAACACCAUCAUCAGAGAUACCAAUGAUAUGUGGCGACCUCAACAGCCAUGUUGGAGAUAAAUCAAAUGGGUUCCUCGGCGUCCAUGGAGGCUUUGGCUACGGGUUUUGA